AUGCAUCCUUCAAUCUUUUUCACAGCACUCACCCUCAUCUCCGCCACAUUCACCACAGCGGCACCGAUCAAUAGACGAGCAUUAUCCCUUCGCUCCUACAAUCAGAUGUCUAUCUCCUCGGGCGUGGGUGGUAGCGCUGAAGCCCGUGCCAAGGCAAUUUGGUCUCAAGGAUUAAACUUAAACAACCUGGCAGCGAUCAGUGAUGCCGACCUUGCCAUUUUGAAGGUGGAGAGGAGUAAUGCAGAGUCAGCCGAGACUGAAGCGUUUAAUCCCGCUAUCAGUGCAGCUAGUGGAGCCGAGAAGGAGGCAUUGCAGGUUGGAAAGAUUGCUAAUAAGGUCCUAAAACUCACCGGACUAUCACAAGUUCGCCAGAUUGCGAUCGCAAAGAAGGAAGCUAAGGGACAGACGGUGUCUGCUUCGGAACGCGCGGCACUUCAGGACUCUUUGACAAAAUUGGCAAAGAAUAUUGAAACGGAUAAGAAGAAUGCCGGAAAGACGUCGAAAGCGGUGUCGUUUGUUGGGCAGACCAGCGUGAAGUUGUAG